UACUCCACCAAUCCUCCGUCGUAACCUCUCUCUCCAACAAUAAUAAUUAUUAUUUUGGUUUGAAAUUCUUAACGAUUCAAUACAAACAACAACCUCCAUUAAUAAAAAAAACCCUAGUAUUUUUAUUUUCUGAGGGUUUUUUUUCCCUCUGCUCGUAGAAAACUCUUCCCCUCAGAUUGCUGAUUCGUCCUCUGUUACAUUCUCUACUACUGAUAAGGGGAAGAUGACUUAAACACUCAUUGUGGCUCAGAAAAAUGGGUUCUGAAGAUAUAGUGAUUACUAAAGCUUUUGGUGUCCAGACUCCUUCUUCAAGUACUCAAAGCACUCCAGAAAAAAAAGGACACCAAAACGAUGCUUCAAGAGGUGAAGACUUCCUAGAGUAUCUCAAAAAUGGUGCUAAGGGAGAACUUCUUCAUACUUUCUUUGAUAAGGAAAAGAAGCACUCAGCCUCGUCCAAAUACAAAAUUACGGACAAACCCCCCAAAACCAGUAACAAGGGAUGUAAGAAUCAGGAUUCAAAAAAAAUUUCUUUAAGUCAGUCAUUGUCAGCCCACAAUCAGGCUUCUAAGAAACUACAGCGGAAGGGGGAAAAUCCUGUUCGACUGCAGACACAUAGUGAUCUAUCUCCAAAUGCUGGGUGUUCAAACACUUGGAUAUGUAAAAAUGCUGCAUGUAGAGCCACCUUAUCACUGGACGACACAUUUUGCAAGAGGUGCUCUUGUUGCAUCUGUCACUUGUUUGAUGAUAACAAAGAUCCUAGUCUUUGGUUGGUCUGUACAUCUGAAUUGGAUGAUCGGGAUUCAUGUGGGUUAUCUUGCCACAUUGAAUGUGCACUUCGACGCCAAAAGGUUGGGGUUGUAGAUCUAGGGCAGUUGAUGCAGCUAGAUGGUAGUUACUGUUGUGCUUCUUGUGGAAAAGUCUCAGGGAUACUCGGAUGUUGGAAGAAACAGUUGGUGAUAGCUAAGGAUGCUCGACGCGUGGAUAUCCUCUGCUAUAGAAUAGCUUUGAGUUAUAGGCUCUUGGAUGGAACUUCCAAGUAUAAAGAAUUGUUUGAAAUUGUUGGAGACGCUAAGGCUAAACUUGAAACAGAGGUUGGUUCAAUUGAUGGAGUAUCCGCCAGAAUGGCUCGUGGCAUUGUCAGCAGAUUAUCGAUCUCUGCUGAUUUGCAGAGGCUCUGCUCCCUUGCAAUUGAGAAGGCAGAUUCAUGGCUAAGCUCCAUAUCAAAUGCCCCACAUCACAGAGAGGAUUCACUUCCUGCUGCUUGCAGAUUCCAAUUUGAAGAAGUAUCAUCUUCAUCUCUCAUAAUUGUCUUGAAAGAGAUCUGUUCUUCCCCAUCCGAUAACAUCACGGGUUUCAAGCUAUGGUAUUGCAAAAGCAGAGAUGAAGCACAAUCAAAGGAACCCGUUUGCACCUUUCCUAGAACUCAAAGAAGGGUUCUAAUAUCAAACCUACAACCGUGCACCGAAUAUACCUUCCGUAUUAUAUCAUAUUCAGAUUCUGGAGACUUGGGUCACUCGGAGGCCAAGUGUUUCACCAAGAGUGUCGAAAUACUUCACAAAAUAUUUGAUUCCCCAUCAAGUAUGGACCGUAAGAAUGAUGCAGAAGGAAGUUCUAGUGGUAAGGGAGAGACCAAAGAAGCUGUUGAGUCUUCUGGAUUCAAGGUCCGUGACCUAGGAAAGAUUCUGCGUCUUGCUUGGGCACAAGAAGAAGGUUGCUUUGAUGGGUUUUGCAGUAAUGAUGUAGAAGAAUGCUGUGGUGGGAACAGUCCCAUGAAAUCCGACACAGCCGAUGAAGGCAAGCAUCCAUUUGUUGCACGUGAACUCGAUUUAAAUGUUGCGUCAGUACCCGAUCUUAAUGCGGAAGUAACUCCAAUAGAAGAUUCAAGAGACGAAGACAUCGAAUGUAGCUCAGAACAAGCAGCUGAAGAUGAUGUAAUUUCUCAUGGGACUGAGAAAAAUGGUUUAGUAAGAUCUAAUGGGAGUGGAGACUCACAGACAUGGUUAGUUAGACCGAUCAGAGAGGUCCCAGCUGUAGAAUCGCGAUCAGGAUUGUGUGGGAAACGUGCACGAAGCGCCAAGGAAGACAGUGAUAGCACCCUAAUUAAUGGUUCACCUUUUCGAUUCUCAGGUGGGUCUGCUAAGUUGGACAGAAGUUAUGAAUAUUGUGUGAAGAUUAUCAGGUGGCUUGAAUGUGGAGGCCAUAUCGAGAAGGAAUUUCGAAUGAAGUUUCUGACAUGGUUUAGUUUAAGGUCCACAGAUCAGGAACGUAGAGUUGUGAACACAUUUAUCAAAACUUUGAUUGACGACCCUAGUAGUUUGGCAGGACAACUGAUUGAUUCUUUUUCAGAAAUUAUUUCCAGCAAGAGACCUCGUAAUGGUUUCUGCAGCAAGCUGUGGCAUUGAUUUUAGCUAGACUAAUUGAUUGAAGAUGCAAUUAUCGCAUCAGAUUUAUGUUGAGCGAUAAAAGGUCUCCUUGAUUUGACCUCCUAUUUAUUAUCGUGACAAAUGUUGAGUUUGAUUCUUCAUCCUUGUAUUAUCUGUUUGUACAGGCAUCCUGAUCAUUGUUUUAUGCUCAUUCAAAGAUCUUACAGGGUGAGUUGUUAGAUGUGUGUAUCUGUAACAGUAUUAGAUUUUUCCGUUCAGAGGCGGAGGGAGUGAUUUUGAGAGAGUGUCUUCCUUGUUCAUCUUUCACCUGGACCAUUGAUGGUAGAAUAUGAGAUGUGAAGAUAAAAUGUACAGUGUUCAUGUCACAAUGUCUGUACACUUUUACUAUAUUACUGUAACUUGAGCCUCUUUUCUUUUUGGCUAGUUUUG